UGCUUGACUGAUGGCAUCAGUCUGAUGCGAAGGAUGAUUCCGAUCAGUGUCUUCUCUUAUUCAAUCAUGCAAAUAUUGCAUAAUAUAGGGUAUUUCUAAAUAUACGUUUAAGUAGGUUUUUUUUGCAAAAAUUAUGUGAAAGCUGGUGCCAAUUUUGCAAAAUGGAAUCUAACGAGGGGAUGGCGUCCCAUCUCAAACGUCCCAUAAAAUGGAUAACUUCCCUGGUCAUUUGGUACGGCACAUUUACAAUGGGUGUGAGUAUAAGCUUCCUUGGCGCAGCGCUACUGGAAUUUAGUGAAAAAUUUGAAACAAAUGUGGCCACGGUGUCGAAAGUGUUUUCCAUGCUAACGGUUGCAUUCCUAAUUGGAGCACUACUUUCUGGUAUAAUAUUUCGGUACCUGUCCCGUUCCGUCUUGUCCGGUGUGUUCCUGGCCCUCAUGGGAAUUGGAAUUGCGAGUUACCCGUUAUCGCCAUCACUGCUGGUCUUUUUUGGUAUAGCGGUCGUCGUGGGAUUUUCGGCGGGAGGCUACGACACGGCUCAAAUCGUGUGGAUGAUCGAACUCUGGUCGGGCGAAGCGGCGCCGUACAUUCAAGUUCAACACUUUAGCUUCGCGUUAGGCACUUUUGUGUCGCCGAUGAUAAUCAGGCCAUAUCUCGCAGAGGAAAAAAUUACCAUGGCUGGAGUGACGAAUUCGACUACGGACGAAAUACUGGAGCCUAUGAAAUCCCAACUUUGGAUUCCUUUCCUGAUUGGUGGAAGCUGUAGUAUUUUCGGGGGUGUGGCGCUCUUAAUCUUGACCUAUCUCAAAAAUCGUGGGAGUACGAUACCCGGAAAUCAGGAAGACGCACAACUACCCGAUCCGAAGACGGGACAACAUUUUCCCCACAAGAUAAAACUCAUCGUGCUUGCCUCCAUAAUUUUGGGAGCAUAUUGCGGAAUGGAAAUUUGCACGAUUCAAUUCAUCCCAACUUUUACGCAUUUCAUCCCCUUGAAACUAGCGCCAUCCGACGGGGCACGUAUUCUGACCGGACUAACAGCCGCAUUCAUGAUAGGACGAGGUCUCGGCGUAUUCUUAGUGCUCAGGAUUCGGCCCGAAUUUAUCAUUGUGGGGAAUUUCGUGGUAAUACUGACCGGAAACGUGGUUCUCCACGUGAUUGGGGGCACUUCGUAUGAAAUGCUGUGGGGUGGUGCGGUCCUUCUUGGGGUCGGAUUUUCCGUCGUGUUUCCAUCUUUCUACGGAUUUUUAGAGAAACAUUUACACGUGACGGAUGUUGUGGGGGCGGUUAUAAUUUCGAGCAGUGGGUUAAUUUCUGGGUUGUAUCCGGUAAUUAUUGGAACGUGGAUUGAGAGUAAUCCGUAUGUUUUGAUGUAUACAAAUUAUGGUAGUUUGGUAAUAUGUUCGUUAGCUUUUGGGGCGAUGAAUUGGAUUGUUUCCGGUGUACAAGAGGGUAAUAAAGGAGUGAAUGGGUAUGUUGGUGGUAAGGAGGAAUUGAGUGGAGGAGGUGGGAUUGAGCUAGAAAAUAAAGGAAAUUAAGGUAGAUAUGAAUAAAUACUUAAAAAAUGGCAUGGCUUAUUAGGUGUAUUCCAUAUGUGACUUUACUAUUUACUAUGCGUAACUUUUAUUUAUUUAUGUGCAUACAUUACAUUGAGGAACUACAUGUUUAAUUGUACAAAUAACACUUUAUAUUUAUUACUUGUCCAAUUUUUAAUACUAAAAACCUAAUUUCCAAGUUGUCCCACAGCUCGCAAGGUUUCCAUUAAAGCUUGUUUUACAUAUCGAAGUGUAAGCUUCUCUCCAAAUGUUUUUGUGUUUUUAUAAUCUAAUUUUUCACUCUCUGCAAUAGGGAAUUCAUCCCUCGAGAAUAUCUUUCCAAAUGCGACCUUCUCAAACAUUCUCUUAACUGCGAGUGGUUGAUAUCCCCAUCGAGUUGCUACAAAAGAACAACGCUUGUUCCAGCAUGAUACGUCUUUCCAUUCAAUUAGUCAAAGUUAAAAUUAAUAAAAUUAGUUACCAAAUUUAAUCCUGAACGGAUCCGUAUGAGAAUAGAUGUCAAAACAGCCGAAUAAAUUUAACCCCAUAUUUUUAGGGUCGAUCCAAGACAACGGGAACACCAUGAUGAUAUCAUUUGCAUCAGCAACUUCCAAGUACCCCGUUUCUAGUAUGAAGCUGGGUGGCUUUUUGAAAACCCAGAGAUCUAGGAGACUUUGUGAGCAGCCUUGAAAUGCGAAAUGAAGUCGACACUUAAUCCCAGUCUCCGGUCGACAACGGAACGGGACAUAAGCGUACCCGUGUGGAUAAAAGCCGUGCUUUUUUGCAGAUCCGGAAUCGAAAAAUUCGUCCUGAUUGAAUUUGAAGAGAUGACCCGAAGUACCUGGUUCGUACGUUGGAGCGAUGUACUUAUCUUGAUAGAGGAAAGAAAACAUGUCGUAAAUCCCAGCAUAGCCACAGGCACAGACGGCAUUAUACAAACCGAUGGAGCAGAGGCGAUAGUCGAAUUCAGAACCUCCGGUGGCAUUAAUUGGCUAUUGACACAUUAUAAAAUGCAAUUUUAAUUAUGUAUACAGAAGGUAGUCGCACAGAAAAAUAAAGCGUUUCGCAUAUGUAAAUACA